UUUUCAAAUCCUCCAGAACUCAAAGGCGAAAUGUUUUCUUAUUUACCUCUAUCAGUAGGUACUAAUUUGGGGGUCCAUUUAAGUGGAAACUUUUCUUUGUCUAGCGCAAGAAGUAAUAUUCUACACGAUUUCCUGGAAGCCGAAACCGAUGAUGCAAGGUGGAAUCGAUAUAUUUUAUGCGAGAUUUUACCUGAAUUGCAUGCUAAGCUAAUUGAUCAAGUUGUUAUACAACUUAUCGAAGCCAAAUUGAACAGAGAACAAACAAAUGUCAUGCCACAUCAUCUUUGGCCAAUUAAGAAAGAUACAACGGGCACAUACAAAGAUUAUGGAUUAAACGUUAUUAAAAGGCUAGGCCUUAAUGGGCAAAAAGUUCUCUGGACUGAAGCCAAUGGCGGACAAUUUGUUUCAUUACAAUCGGCAAAGAUCAUUAAUGAGGAUGAACCGAUAGUCGCGGAUAUAUUAGCCAAACUAGGAGUUUUAGUGGUGAAACUUGACAAAGUUCAACUUCAACAACUUGAGGAAAUUAAAGAACUGAAUUUACAGUACACCAUUCUUAAUGGAAAAUUAACUUGUGAAGAAUUACAAAGAAAGAAUCUCAAGUUACCUUCCUUGAUUAAAGAGCAAACUCGAGAUUCAUUAUUCAAAUUGCUCAAAUUUGUUCUACAAGACCAAAGUUCUUAUAACUUUCUUAAUGGAUUAUCACUAGUUCCGUUAAGCGAUGGAUCUGUUGGAACGUUUGGUGAUGGGCAAUACGUUGGAGAACAAGCACACCUAGCCUUAUUUCCAAAAAUUGGCCCAUCUAAAUUUAUCAUUGAUUUAUCAGAUGACUUUCCGAAAAUUUUUACUAGUCAAGAGUUUUCUGAAGCUACACGUAUUAAAAAGUUUGACGCUUCCGCAAUUUUAGACCUUUUAGCAUAUGAAAUACCGCUUGAAGACAUUGAUUGGGAUCCUAAAGGAAAGUUGGUACCAAAUAAACCUUGGCUCGAAAAAAUUUGGUCAAUACUUACCAAGGAGGCAGGAAAUGUAGAAUUUGAUAAACUUUCUUUAUUUCCCCUGCUGUCAAUGACCAAACCUUCCAAUAAGCUUAUAAAACCGAAUCCAUCCAAUCCACUAUUGCAUGACAAUGGACACUUUUUAAUUCCAAUUCUAGUAAAGUUAAAAGUACGUUUUACCGAUAUGAAAGUUUUCGAAAGUGAUGAAAAACUUGAACAAUGCAUUUUGGAAUGCAAUCCCAUAAAUAUAAUUAAUUCAUUGGUGAAAACAUGUUCCUCAUUAUCAUUGAAUAUGAAGGAGUUGUUUGAAAAUAGUAAAUUGACACCUUCAGAAUAUAAAAAGUUUAGAGAAUUUCUUAUAAAUCAUGGAAUAAUCCAAGAAGAUUUCCUGAGCAUUCGUAGUUCUUUACCAAUAUGGCCGAUACAGAAUUGUGAAGACAAGUUCAUUGAUGCUAAAUCUGGAAUCCUUCUUCCAUUUGACCUUCCAUUUUUUACCUUUAGUAAAAAUACCAAUUUCUACAAAUGUGAACUUGAAAAUGAAAAUUUAGCACUCGUCAGCCUAAAUGCCAAAGUAAUAACCGAAUUACAAUAUGUUAAAAAGUAUUUAUUACCAGACUUUGAGAUACAUUCAAUACCUAAAGAUUGUGAAGGGUACAUCCCUUUGUUGAAGAAACUUUUAUCUUUAAAAAAUUUUGAUAUUGAAUAUCUACUUAAAAAUAAAAAGGUGAUACCUAAUAAAUCACUCUCCGCUUUUGUGAGUGCAAACGAAUUAUAUGACAAAAAUGUUUCUAUAUUUGGAAGUAUUUUUGAAGAUAGCGACAAAUUUUUACCAAUAGAAUUAUUACAAGAUUCCGUUCAUUUAGGCCGCCUCAAAAGAAUCGGUCUUAAGCAUCAGAUGAAUUAUGAUACAUUCAUUGAAUGUACACAAGAGAUUGUCUUACAGAUCACGAAUCAGGUGGAUUCGGCCAGAAAUCGAGCGAAAAUACUAGUACGAUAUUUAUACGAACAUGUCGACAUUUUACGUUUUAACCCAGGGCAAUGGGACGAAAUUCUUGAGAUCAAAUUCGUUCCAUCAGAAAUAUCAGAGGCGAGCCUUUCAAGACAAUUUUAUAAGAUGCCAAAAGAGACUACUGGUUUUGAAAGUUUUAGAACGCUACGUCUUCACAAAUAUAAGAAUGUGUGUUGGACUCGAUGUCCGUUAUUCGAUGAAAACUUGGAGCCUACUGAACCCUUCAAUAAACGUCAUCCAGAAAUCGGAAUUCCAACACCAGAAGACAUUAUGGAACAUUGGUUUGUUGUUGUUGACAAGAUAGAAUUUUGGAAAACUUUUAAGGGUGAUAAGGAGAUAAAAGAUGUAAUUAAAGAAAUUUACGAGAAAAUGGAUCAUCAUUCCAGAGAUGAAAAACAUAAACUGUCCAUUCAAUUAAAUAUUGAUAACGAUAAGAGGAAAUUAUUCUUGAACAAAAAGGAAGAUCCGUUUGAUCCAAACAAUUGGGCAUUUGGAAAGGAUCUUGUAUUUGAUUUAGAAGAUGAUGUCAGAGAAGUUUCAGAAUGGUUAAAGCCUUUCAAGCAUUUAUUACUGCUUGGUGGAGCUCAGGAGGUAAAAGGUUUAGAAAAAUCAAAUAACGUAACCGAACAUAAACAAAAUGAGUUUUUGAUUAAUGCCUUACUGAAUAAACUCACGGACAAAUCAGGCCAUGAACUUUACGAUGUGUUUUUUAUCGUUGGUAAAGAGAAAGAAAGGAUUGGUGCUAAUAGAUUUGUACUUUCAGCCGCCUCAGCUUAUUUUGAAAAAAUGUUUUGUGGUAACUUUAGUGAGUCAGCCGAGAAAGUAAUCGAGAUUCCAAUGAUAGAUGAAAACAUUCAACCCGAAGUAUUCCGGAUGUUUCUUCGAUGGCUAUACGGGCAACGUCUUGUUGAAGCAAUAAAGUCAGUCUUGCGUAAGAAAGAAGAAUUUACAAAUGAACAAGAAAGUUAUGAAACUUAUUAUUUAGACUCCUUGGUUCAUCUGUUAAAGGUGACAGAUAUUUAUGGUGUUGAACCACUCAAAGAUGAAAUAGUAAAUAUUAUAAAACACGAUUGCAUUCGUAUUUGUAAUGUGCUUGAAAUUAAAGAAUGGGCAAUAAAUUGCAAUGCACCGCGGUUAACAGAAUCCUGCAAAGAGUAUAUUAUAUUAAAUGAAAGACUUGUUCUAGAGCAAAAUAAAGAAAAUUGUGCGAUGGCAGAGGAUGAGGAUUAA